AUGCUUGGUUCUUUUGACUGCGGGCGUCCGGAAGCCCGUGUACCUGUUGAAGCGCUAAGAGUCUUCGACAAGCUCAGCUUCACGUGGCAGACCCCAGAAUGCUACGACACCGUCACCAUCUCCGAGUUUAUGGCCUUCCGCGAAUGUGACUUUGUCACGGACGAGCAGCGGUCCGCCGUACUCCCGGCGACCGAGCUGCCGCUCGACCGCCGCUGA